UCCAAGAAGGCUGCUCCCAAGACUGUUGAAAAGGUCACCCUUGGCCCUCAAGUUCGUGAAGGUGAACUUGUUUUUGGUGUUGCUCACAUCUUUGCUUCUUUCAACGAUACCUUUGUUCAUGUCACUGAUCUUUCUGGACGUGAAACUAUUGCCCGUGUUACUGGUAAGUUAUUUUACUAA